AGUGUGAAAGAACGGUUAGAGGGUAAUAAAGUUUCCAAUGGCUAAAUACGCUACUAUCAAGUAUGAUGAAUUUAUUAAAAAAACUCUGUUACAUUUGAAAGCCAAAUAUGACGGAGAAAUGUAUGAAGUACGACACAUAAGUAGAGAUCUAAACACGCUGGAUGAAUUACUUAAGGAAAUUAAAGUGUACAAAAUGAAGAGGCGUAUAGACGAGGAAAAAGCAAUGCGGCAAAGACAAAGGGGCAAUGAAUACCUUGCUCAUAAAAAGCAUACAACUGCAAUUAAAAUAUACUCGGAGGCUCUCGCUCUGAGCAAUAGAGGUUCCCUGGAAUGGUCAUACUGUUUGGCUAAUAGGGCAGCUGCUCUGUACUCGCUGAAAACUGAAAAAGAGCUGUUGCAGGCUAAGGAGGAUAGUUUGGCGUGUCUUUUCGGUUUUCCUGUGCCAAGUCGAGCGAAAAUUUUUCGAAGACUUGGUCAUAUCUGUCUUCAUUUGGAUGAAAAGCUGACGGCGUUAGAAUAUUUUAAAAAGGCGAUAGAAAUUGAACCAGAAAACAGCAAAAAUCCUUCCGAGUCGCUUCUUGAAGAGUUAAAAAAUGCUGAAAUAGCACCGGCAGUUGUUCCUCCUUCUGAGCCGUUUAAAAUAGAUGAAGCUGGUAAAAAGGGUAAAGGAAUGUACGCCACAAGGGCGAUUAGAAUUGGAGAGAAGAUCUUGUCUAGGGAACCUUAUGAGAUCAGCGUGACACCAGGCAGAGGAGUAUGUAGUGGAUGUGCUAAAAAAACAGGUGCGCCUUAUCCGUGCGAUUCUUGUCCAGAUGAUAUAUUUUGUACGGAAGAUUGCUACGCGAAAAAUUUUGCAGCUCAUCAGAUAAUUUGCGGAUUGGCUAAUGUCUUAUAUCAUCAUUCUAUUGGUAAAUUGGGUGUCUUGGCUAUCAAGCUGCUACUUAGAGAAGAUUCAGAAUGGAUAAAUAUGGUGGCAAAUAAUUUGAAAAGAUCCAACCUUGAGCACUUGCAAUUUGAAGCUUUAGCAUAUUAUAUAUGCUAUUUCACAGGAAUUCGAAAUCAUAAGAAGAUGUUAAGGGCACUCUUUAUUAUCACUUGUAAUGGGAUUGAGAUGUCUGACAAUAGUAUGGGUUUAUACCCAGAUAUAAGUUGUAUUAAUCAUUCGUGCAAUCCGAAUGUGGAUUUUAUAUUUUCUGGCUCCACAUGUACGGUACGAGCGAUCAAACCAAUUGCAAGAAACGAGCAAAUCUUUGUGGAUUAUGGAAACAAUUUUGCAACGCUGGACAAGCCCAGCAGACAAAAUAAGCUCCUUGCACAAUAUUUUUUUGACUGCGAUUGCGAGGCUUGCGACGAAGACUGGAAACACAAAAAUUUCACAACGAUGGCAGACGACUUUCAUCGUGCUGAUGAAGAUUCGGGAGAGAAAAGGAGGGUCAAGAACCUUAUUCAUGACCUCGAAGCUCUUGACUUUGACCAAGAAGUGACGUUUCCAAUGUUCGACGAUAUUAGAGAUAAUUUUGCUUGGCUUUAUCAAAGAAAUUUCUUUAAACAGCCAACGGAUCUAUAUGUUAAGUCAUUAAGUAGCAUACGAAAAUUGUUGAAAAGAUUGGGAAACACUGUCGAUAAUUUUUAUUAUACAUAA